AUGCUAAAAGUAAAAAAAAACACAAUGGAGAAGAACAACAAGAAGAGGUUUGUGCUCGUCCAUGGGCUGUGCCAUGGCGCGUGGACUUGGUACAAGGUGAAAACAUAUCUUGAGGCUGAAGGUCAUUGUGUGACCGCGGUGGAUCUAGCUGCAUCAGGUAUAAACAUGACUAGAGUGGAAGAGAUUCAGACUCUUAAAGAUUACUGCAAACCAUUGCUUGAGUGUCUUAGCUCGGAUGACGAUAAGGUGAUCCUUGUUGCUCAUAGCAUGGGAGGUAUAUGCGCCACGCUUGCUGCUGAUAUGUUCCCUAGUAAGAUUUUUGCUAUUGUCUUCUUGACAGCUUUCAUGCCUGACACAACAAAUCCACCUGCUUAUGUUUACGAAAAGCUGAUCAGAAGCGUUCCACAAGAAGAAUGGUUCGACACCGUGUUUGGAAGGUAUGGGAAACCUGAUUGUCCUCUAGAGUUUGCUUUGUUGGGACCAAAAUACAUGGCCAAGAAGAUGUAUCAACUCUCUCCAGUCCAAGAUCUUGAACUGGCGAAAAUGUUGGUGAGGGUGAACCCCUUAGUUACGAAUAACUUGGCAGGGACAAGAAGCUUUAGUGAGGAAGGAUACGGAUCCGUUACACGUAUAUAUAUCAUAUGUGAAGAAGAUCUUGUGGAACCUGAAGAUUACCAACGUUGGAUGAUCAAGAACUAUCCACCAAAAGAAGUAAUGGAGAUCAAAUGUGCAGAUCAUAUGGCAAUGUUCUCUAAGCCUCAUGAACUAUGUGCUCUACUCUUGGAUAUUGCAUCUAAAUAUGCCUAAAUCAAGAUCGUACGUCACUUCAUUAUAGUUACAAAAAUCAGCCUUAGCCACAAUUAUAAGCCAGAUUUGAGUGAUAUGUAUAUGGGAAGUUUAUAAUUUUUUUUUGUUAAUUUUUCAUUUAUAUUGUGAUA